AUGAAGAAGAAGCUCGAUACCCGUUUUCCUGCCGCUCGGAUAAAGAAGAUAAUGCAAGCAGACGAGGAUGUUGGAAAGAUAGCAUUAGCAGUUCCUGUAUUAGUUUCAAAAGCUCUGGAAUUAUUUCUGCAAGAUCUUUGUGACCGCACUUAUGAAAUAACUCUACAGAGAGGAGCAAAGACCAUGAACGCAUUGCAUUUGAAACAUUGUGUACAGAGCUACAAUGUCUUCGACUUUUUGAGAGACAUCGUCAGCAGGGUUCCGGACUAUGGGCACGGCCAUGGCCAUCCUGAGGCUGGAGCUGAUGACCGCUCCCUUCCGAAGAGAAGGAAACCUGCUGGCGAUGAUUGCAAUGACAGUGACGAAGAGACUAAGCGGAGUAAGAUGCUAGAGUUGGGCCACACCGGCGGUACUGGUAGGGGAAGAGGGAGAGGUAGAGGAAGAGGCCGCGGCCGAGGAGCUCGAACCGCAGAGAAAGAGACCUUACAUCAACAGGUUGAGUCCGAACCUUGCACCUCUAUUCAACAAAGUAGCAAAGAAGUCCCUAAUACAAGUAUGGCAAUCGAUAACGGUCCAGAACCAAAGGAGUUAUCAAAGGAAAACAUUUCACCUCACGAGGAAAGCACUCGAUCUUUCCGAAACAUCGAUUUAAAUGCCAAUAUACAAGAAAACGAGGACAAAGACAAUACAAGUGCGGCUACUCCUCAGGCCUCAUUGCCCGAACCUGCUGCAGUAACGGAUAUGCAACAUGAAGAAAUUCCAGGUUGGUCUCUUGCUGAUGUCGACAAGAUGGCAAUCGAUACGUUACAGCUUGCCGCGAAUCUUGGUAAUAGACUAGAUGAGGAGGAGGAAGAUUAUGAUGAGGAGGAAGGGUAA